AUGCUGCGCACAUCGCUCCGAGCGGUCGCAGACCCUCUCCGAAGCCAUAUCUGUCUCUCCUGUAUAGCUCGCCGACAAAUCGCGCCGGUUCCCCUGCGACAAUUUCACCGUAUACCUGCGCUGCGCAGUGAAGCAAUCGAGAGCAAGCCGGAAUUGCCCAAUGUCAUUGGAAAUAAUGGAUCGGAUAUCCCAGUACCUAAGACAGAGGAGGCAAGCAAGGAUGUCUCGCAGGAGCAGCAAUCGGAUGGCGAUAACACAAACGUCGAAGGAGGCUCCCCUCAAGCCGAUGGGCGGGAAAGAUCUAAAGGAAAAGCACGAGCAAGAGAAAGGCAGCGCAGAUCGAAGAAAACGAAAAACGCCGAGGAGGCUAAACAACAGGAAGGACUUCAAGAAUUCAAGCCCGCCAAUGAAUCCGAAGGAGUCAAAGAAGAUCAGUCGAACGCUUUCGGCAGCGGCAUCAAGAACUCCCCCGGCGCCCGGCUGCUGAAUGAUUUAUUUAACAAGCAACCCACAUCCACAUCCACAUCCACAUCCACAUCCACAUUCACACCCACAGCCCAAGCCCCAAAGGAGAGAGCCAGCAAGUCUUCCAUCUCACAUCUGAGUUCAUUCAUCAAGGUGAAGGAAACCGGUAAAAUAGAUUUGCAGAAUGACAAAUUAGAAGCACUGGAUGUUCCACAACCGCCUGUGCCAGGGCUAGCAUUUGGACUUGACAGAGUCCUUUUCAACCCCGGUGUCUACCAAUUACGUGACCCUCGGUCUCGCGUCUACAACUUCGACCCCUACCUCGGAAACAUCAUGCCAGUCACCGAAUUCGAUUUCGAUACCUUGAAGGAAUACAUCACCUCAUCCAGAGACGAGACCCUCCGCGAAACCGCCAUCAAGCACGGAAAGAAAUACGCCGGGUCUUCCUCUAGUAUGACUACUGUUCUCUCUCAAUUCCACUACCUCCUCUCCGCCUGGCGUGGCGUGGACACCCGCAUGAUCUCCCAAGGAUUCCCAGACAAGUUACGCACAUUUACCCGUCUGCUCCGUGCACCAGCUGCGAUGUUCCUACACUACCAGGAUGGUACAUACGCGAUUGACGCAGACAAGGAAUUCGAUUCCGCGAACAUCCUCAUGAACCUUGGUAAAUCCAUGGAGAAGAUGCUCACGAUGCCCAAGGAAGAAUACGAACGAUACCGUCGUUCGCACGAGAACAAGAUCACCGCAGAGGAAGAAAACGCCGUUCCAGAAUCCUACCAUUUCUCCACUCUGGGCGACUUCAUCAUGCGUUCCCAACUAGACGCCCAUGAUCCCCGUCUCCCCGGAACAGGAAUGUUCGAUCUAAAGACCCGAGCCGUAGUCUCGAUCCGAAUGGAUGCCCAGAACUUCGAGCACGGUCUAGGCUACGAGAUUAAGGAUCGAUGCGGUGAAUUUGAGUCCUACGAGCGCGAAUACUUCGAUAUGAUCCGUGCCGCGUUCCUCAAAUACUCAUUGCAAGUUCGUGUGGGACGUAUGGAUGGAAUUUUCGUCGCAUUCCACAAUAUCGAACGAAUCUUCGGAUUCCAAUACAUCAGUUUACCUGAAAUGGAUCAAAGUCUUCACGGUACAUCCGAUACCACACUCGGUGAUACGGAGUUCCAACUGAGUAUCAAACUCUGGAACGAGAUCCUCGAUAAAGUCACUGCUCGAUUCCCUGAACAAUCUCUUCGUUUACACUUUGAGACUCGUGAUGCCGUUACUCCAUUCAUGUAUAUCUUCGCUGAACCGGUAUCCAAGUCUCAGAUCCAGACUAUUCAAUCAAAGAAUAAGGAUAAGAUCGAAGCAUACCAGCAACGACUUCUGAACCUUACCCCGAAAGAAGGAGAUGCUGAUCUGGAUGCUCCUAUGACUGAUGAAGCCGAGUCUCCAGUUACAGCUCCGGAAGAAACUGCGGAAAUAGAGCCAGUCGAGCGUUCACUUUUCGCUAUGGCGUUAUCUGUGAAGAACUUCGUUAAUGGGAAAGAGGUUGCUAGACCGGAGAAUCUUACCGCGAGCGAUGAGUGGACUAUUGAGUACGAGCUUAAUGAAGUCUCGGCGAAGCAGGGUGCUACUCUGUACAAGAUGUGCCAGACGAGACGACAGAAGGCGUUGGAUGUUCGUGGUGAGGACGAGGUGGAUGUUGCGCAGAAUGUUUACAUUCGCCGUUUGAGAAACAUUAGUAAACUUGGUCGCAAGCACCGUGAGCAAGAGAAUGAGUUGGACAAUGAGGCUGGGGUCGUGACAUAUGGUGAGAAGUGA